AUGUCAGGUUACCAUCUGGUCGGUUCAUGUAAUGGGUUGCACUGUGGGGUUAGCGAAAUACCAGAAGGAUACCAUGUUUGUUUCUGGAACAAGGCGACAAGGGUGAUAUCCAGAGAAUCGUCAGCGCUGUCUUUUUCCCCGGGCAUCGGUCGUAGAACAAUGUUUGGGUUUGGCAAUGAUCCGUCAAGUGACAAAUACAAGGUUGUAGCAAUUGCGUUGACUAUGCUCUCACUUGAUGUAUCUGAAAAGACUGAGAUGAAAGUUUUUGGCGUGGGUGACAAUAGUUGGAGAAACCUUAAAGGUUUUCCUGUUCUUUGGACUUUACCUGAAGUUGGUGGAGUGUAUCUGAGUGGAACCAUUAAUUGGGUUGUUAUUAAGGGAAAAGAAACCAUUCAUUCUGAAAUCGUAAUUAUUUCUGUUGACCUGGAGAAGGAGACUUGCAGAUCACUGUUUCUUCCGGACGAUUUUUGCUUUUUUGAUACAAAUAUUGGAGUUUUUAGAGACUCGCUGUGUGUUUGGCAAGAUAGCAACACCCAUCUUUGCUUGUGGCAGAUGAGGAAGUUUGGAGAUGACAAGUCUUGGAUUCAAUUAAUAAAUUUUAGUUAUUUACAUCUUAAUAUUUGUCCUUAUGAAGAAAAAUCAAUGAUUUUACCAUUGUGCAUGUCUAACAAUGGAGACUUCUUCAUGCUGAAAUUCACUAGAAAUGCUGAUGAUGAAUACCAAACAAUUCUGUAUAACCAGAGGGAUUGUAAGUCUCAAGUUUCUGUCGCUCCCUCAGGUAGUUUCAGAACUUUGUUGUGGCGCAACCACAAGCUUUUUAUCAAAAGUUUGGUCAUACCUUAUUGA